CUUGCGGUAGCGACUAGCGAUCGACCCAACUUCCCACCCGCCCCCGCGUCCGCGAGCUCGCCGAAGCUAAGGCCUAAGGGUACCCGCCCUCGGCGCUAUGUCGCUGUCGCCGGCGGACAGCGCGGCGUACUGGCUGCGGUGGCAGGUCCUCGUCUGCGGCGCGCUCAUCGCGCUCCCCGCGGCGGCCGCGGCGGCGCUACUGCCGCGGUUGCGGAGGGCGGCGCCGCCUCUGCGCGCGGCCGACCUCUGGGUCUCUUGCUGGGCGCGCCUCCACCCGGGUUGGCUCCUCGCCUACCGCGCCUUCGCGCUCGCAGCGGCCGUCGCGCUCCUGGCGCGCCUCCUCGUCGGGCACGGCCUCACCGUCUUCUACUUCUACACCCAGUGGACAUUUCUAUUAGUCACCAUAUAUUUUGCGUUUGCCACAGCUAUAUCAGCCCAUGGCUGCUGGGUUUACUCAAGGAAAAGUUUGAGGAAAUCCGAUGAAUCCCAUGGAUUUCUUAAUGCUGAUGUCGAAAAUCGUGAUGUUUCCAAUUCCAUUUCUGGAGAGAGGAAAAAAGAUGAGACAAAAAUGAUGGUGAGCUAUUAUGAACAAAUAGCGAAUGAGAGAAGAGCAGGGUUCUGGGGCCGGUGCAUGCAAAUCAUAUACCAGACUAGCGCAGGUGCAACAAUGUUGACCGAUGUCACAUUUUGGGGGCUUCUUGUGCCAUUUUUCUACCGUGACAAGUUUGGGUUAGCGUUGGUCACUGAUGGCAUGCACUCCCUAAAUGCUGUUUUUCUACUUAUAGACACAGUUCUCAACAAUAUGCCCUUCCCCUGGUACCGAAUGGCUUUCUUUGUUUUCUGGAGCUGCGCCUAUGUAACAUUCCAGUGGGUCCUUCAUGCUUGUGGAAGCUUAUCCUGGUGGCCAUACCCGUUUCUGGACCUUUCAUCAUCUGGAGCUCCUAUAUGGUACCUCGGCAUGGCAAUCGCUCAUAUCCCCUGCUUCUUUUUGUAUUGGUUGGUCGUCAAGGCGAAGCACACUUAUUUCCCACGGAUGUUUCCACAUGCUUAUGUUAGGACAGUAUAGAUCUAAAUAUCAGUAGCAUACUAUUUCAACACCUGCUUGGCUCAAGUGUACACCCGUAUAGUCUCAUUGAAUUCGCCGCACCUUUGAGAUGGGUCUGAGCUCUGAAAACAAGCCGGUACCGGCGGCUUGAUCAAUGAAAUGCAGAGGCUCACAA